CGCAUGCGCAGCAGGGCAGCGCCGGCGACGUGGAGGCGGGCGGGGACCGUGAGGGGCCGUGAGGGGACCCGGGAGCGGCGCGGGCCGAGGCACCCCGGUACCGACCCCGCCACCGAGCUCGGGCCCAGGGCACGGACGAAAUGAAAAUUUAGAAAAACCUUUGCCAAAUAAAGAAGAUGGGAGCGAAUAGCAGCAGCAUCAGUGAGCUUCCAGAAAAUGAGUACUUACAGAAACUGUCAGGAUCAGAGCCCAUCUCUGAGAAUGACCCGUUCUGGAAUCAGCUUCUGUCUUUUAGCUUCACCACUCCAACAAACAGUGCUGAUUUAAAGCUCUUGGAAGAAGCCACAAUCUCAGUCUGCAAGUCUUUAGUUGAGAAGAAUCCUCGAACAGGAAACCUUGGAUCAUUGAUUAAAGUCUUUCUUUCUAGAACCAAAGAGUUAAAAAUUUCAGCAGAAUGUCAGAACCACCUCUUUAUCUGGCAGGCUCACAAUGCACUGUUCAUUAUUUGCUGUUUGCUGAAAGUAUUCAUCAGUCGAAUGUCAGAAGAGGAGCUGCAACUUCAUUUUACUUAUGAAGAGAAAGCAGGACCAAGCUCAUAUGGAGCAGAGUGUGAAGACCUUAUAGAAGAGUUGCUGUGUUGCCUCAUCCAGCUCAUUGUUGAAAUUCCCCUCUUAGAUAUUACGUACAGCAUUUCUUUGGAAGCUGUGACAACUCUCAUUGUGUUCCUCUCCUGCCAAUUAUUCCACAAAGAGAUUCUGCGAGAGAGCAUCAUUCACAGAUACCUGAUGCAUGGUCGAUGUCUCCCCUACACCAGCAGACUUGUGAAAACUUUGCUGUAUAAUUUCAUUAGACAAGAGAGAAGCCCUCCUCCAGGGACCCACGUCUUUCAGCAGCAAACAGAUGGAGGAGGACUGCUCUAUGGAAUUGCAUCUGGGGUGGCAACUGGCCUGUGGACAGUGUUCACACUGGGUGGGGUGGGCAGCAAAGCGUCGGCCCAGCUGGAACAGUGCUCCCCUCUGGCCAGCCAGAGCCUGCUGCUGCUGCUGGUCCUGGCCAACCUGACUGACACUCCAGACACCCCAAACCCCUACAGACAAGCCAUCAUGUCCUUCAAGAAUACACAAGAUAACACUGCUUUUUCGUCAUCAAAUCCACACGCUUUCCAGAUUAACUUUAACAGUUUAUACACAGCUUUAUGUGAUCAGCAGAAAUCUGAUCAAGCCACUCUUCUCCUGUACAUGCUUCUGCAUCAGAACAGCAACGUGCGCACCUACGUGUUGGCACGGACAGACAUAGAGAAUCUGGUUCUGCCAAUUCUUGAAAUCCUGUAUCAUGUUGAAGAAAGGAAUUCACACCAUGUUUACAUGGCCCUUAUCAUUUUGCUGAUCCUCACAGAGGAUGAUGGCUUCAACCGAUCCAUUCAUGAAGUGAUACUGAAAAACAUUACUUGGUAUGCUGAGCGUGUCCUAACGGAGAUCUCACUUGGGAGUCUUCUAAUACUGGUUGUGAUAAGAACCAUCCAGUACAACAUGACACGGACAAGGGACAAAUACCUUCACACAAAUUGUCUGGCAGCCUUAGCAAAUAUGUCGGCACAGUUCCGCUCGCUUCAUCAGUAUGCUGCUCAGAGGAUCAUCAGUUAUACCUGCCGCCACUUGCGGAGAUAUGUGUAUGUCUUGGACAAACUGUAUUUCCCCCACUCCCACUGCUCUACGCUGCAGCAUUGCUUCUCGACCCUCAGUGACAAUGGAGAGGAACUCUUGUCUUUAACUUGUUCUCACAUUCUCAGAUCCUAUGCUUCCAGUCUGUUUUCUCUGUUGUCUAAAAAACACAACAAAGUUCUGGAGCAAGCCACGCAGUCCUUGAGAGGUUCCUUGGGUUCAAACGACUCUCCACUUCCUGAUUAUGCACAAGACCUGAAUGUGAUUGAGGAAGUGAUCCGGAUGAUGCUGGAGAUCAUCAACUCCUGCCUGACCAAUUCCCUGCAUCACAACCCCAACCUGGUGUACGCUCUGCUCUACAAGCGCGAUCUGUUCGAGCAGUUCCGGACUCACCCCUCCUUCCAGGACAUCAUGCAAAAUAUAGACCUGGUGAUCAGCUUUUUCAGCUCCCGAUUAGAGCAAGCUGGAGCUGAGCUGUCAGUGGAGCGAGUUCUGGAAAUCAUCAAGCAAGGAGCUGUUGCUUUGCCCAAAGACCGGCUAAGAAAAUUCCCCGAGCUGAAGUUUAAGUACGUGGAGGAGGAGCAGCCUGAGGAGUUCUUCAUCCCCUACGUGUGGUCCCUGGUGUACAACUCUGCCGUGGCCCUGUACUGGAACCCCCGUGACAUCCAGCUCUUCACCAUGGACUCGGGCUGAGGGGCACCCCGGCCAGGCCAGCCCCGCUCCAUCCUACAGGAAUUGAACCUCUGCACCCCUUCCAACCUGACCCCCUCCAACUGCGCCCGUGACCCCAGAACCAGUGUCCAGCCCAGCCUCACGCUGGGACAGACUGGUGUGGGGCACUGAUGGCUUGUAGGCAACCUUGUGUUUAUAGUCCGUAACCUAGAGCUUGUUUGAUGAAAAUGAGGCCUUACACAUGGGGUAUGAUGUUACUACCAACCACAAACCUGAUCGUCCUUUUAACUUAACAGGCUAAAUGAGAUUGCAGGCUUUGAUUUGGAAGGAGUGUUUGUAUUUUUGGCUCUUUGGAGCAGGCAGCUUCCUUGGGUCAAGCUUUUUAUGGUCUCUUGGACACUGCCGUGGGGUGCUCGUUACCUAAUCCUUGUUUCCACUCACAGCCCUUCGUUUCUGUGGCACUGUCAAGGCUGCAGCCCUUAAAUUGCUGUCUACGCUGUCAUCCGAGGGAACUAAGCAAGCAGCAUCUUAAUCAGGUUAGCUCCCAGGCAGAUUCAAAACACUUGAUUUAGAUGUUUGUGGGAGGAUUUUCAAUAGCAAGUCUUCUGUUGUUGUUGUUGUUUGACUGACAAAUACUCUCCAGAGGGCAAGAAACACCUGCUUUCGGAGUCAAGUCCCUUACAGACUUGUUUUUCUGUGCUCCUGUGCAAAAUUGUUCCUGGAAAUUGAACGUGUAAGGGAAGAGGGGAAAAAAAGUCCAAAGAAAAUAAUUACAAGAUUGUAAAAUAGACCAGUGUCCUGUAAAUCUGUGCGUAAUGGUGACAGUGUGUUUUGGGGAUCCUUGACAAAGCUCUGUGUUGAAAACCUCCUCUUGGCUUUUAAAGUUUUAUGGCAGAAGUAUAAAUUUACCUGAAUGUAGAAUACUACUCUCUUUUUUGGUUGUUUUCAAGUGCCCUUUCCUGAUAUACCUGUUUCAGCAGUGGGAAAAGCAAAAGAAGUGGUGUGAUUUUGAAAGAAAUCUCAUUUUUCAAAGUGGGGAUCGUAUUUUGGGGAUGCCUGUUGCACACACGUGCACCCACUCUCCUCGUCCCACGUGCUGCUGUGUGGGGGACUGUCAGCAGUGCAUUGCAUGCCAAAACUUCAAUUUCAAGGAAUUAGUUCUUGAAGAUGCGUGGCAACCCUCUGUAUUCACUGCUUGCUACAGCAUGUUCUGUUUGUUGACCUGAGGAAUUGGGUGCGUUUGCUUUCAGAAAGUCCUUUGAAUGGCUUUAAAUAGAAUUUCUUGCACCGUUUCAUCCCUCUGAAGGAUGUGCUAAGAUUGUACUUUCCUUUUAUCUGCUUAUUUAGAGACAGAAGUCCAUUUGAGUCCUACACAAAUGGAAAUGCUGGCUUGUAAAAAAAAAAAAA